AUGCAUCGGCGCAAGAACGUCUGCCACAGCCUCGUGCGCGACGACGACGACGCGGAGAUACUGACGACGACGCGUCACUCGGGCAAUCUGAGUCCGCAAGAACGUGCGGCAUCGGCGGCGACGCACACUGUGUCGCCGUACCAUCUGCGCGACGAAGCGGCGCACUGGAAAACACUCCACGAGCUCCAGGCCCGCGCUUGCACCGCGCGCCAGCUUGCGGCCCUCGAACGACCGACGACCGCUGUGUAUGUACGCCCGUCGACAUCGGCGCGUCACCGCCUCGAGUCGGCGUGGUCCUUCUACGACUCGAUGCAGCAUGCCCAGAGCGAGAUGGCCACCGCCGCCGUCACCUGUCCCCGCGUCCUCUUGGACGAGCUGGCUCGCUUCCAAAAACUCGCCGACGUCUUCCGGCACGUUGCUGGCCAUGAGACCCGGCUGAUGCACCGAGACGAGCUCUUGCUAAGCGCGGCCAAGUUCAACUUUCGUAUUUCCGAGAGCGAAGCGACUGUGUUGCUUGCUUUUCUCAACAGCCAGAGGCCCGCCGACGCCAUGCAUGCGGCCACAGAGGCCCACACGACGCCGCAGAGCCCACGCCGACGCCUCGCCCGCGCGCCCAUGCAGCCGUAGCGUGAUUACAUAAUGACAUGGUCUUUGUGGUCUCUCU